GUGUGUGUGUGUGUGUGUGUGUGUGUGUUUUCACUUCCUGGUCAUAUGAGAGAGGAAUCACUGUGCCGUAUCCUAGUCGAGCUGCUCCUUACCGCUUACACCACGGCAGAAAAUCAGCUCCUUCACCGGUUUGUUUAUCUGUAAUCGUGUUGUAAACUGAACAUUCGACCCAUAAGGACAACAAACUACAGUUUUUCUCUUCUCCUGAUUUCUGGAUCGUUCGCCGUGCACGUGGGCCAGAAGAGAGUCUGUUUUCCGUCCAUUUUUUCCAACGCAACAAGCGGAAAGCAAUCUCAAAGAGAGGACAGUGGAUUCAAUGAGGGAGCCAGAGAGGGAGGAGCAGACUGACGCCAGCAUGCCUCCCAAAUUCAAGCGGCACCUGAACGACGACGAGGUCACCGGCUCCGUGCGCAGUGAGAGGAGGAACUUGUUGGAGGAAGACUCUGAUGAGGAGGAAGACUUUUUUUUAAGAGGACCAACUGGACCCAGGUUUGGCCCCCAGAAUGACAAAAUCAGACAGGUGCAGUCUCAGGUUGAUGAGGUCAUUGAUGUGAUGCAGGAGAACAUCUCGAAGGUGAUUGAACGUGGAGAGCGUCUGGAAGACCUGCAGGAUAAAUCUGAGAGCCUGUCGGACAACGCGUCUGCGUUCAGCAGCCGGGCCAAACAGCUACACCGGAGGAUGUGGUGGAGGGACAUCAAGAUGAAGAUGAUCGUGGCAUUAGUGAUAAUCGUAUUGCUACUUAUUAUAAUCAUCCCUGUGAUACUGCGGUAUCACUAGUUUCCUGCAGGGAGGUUGGCUUCAUCUGCUCUUCCUCCAUCCUCCUCCUCCUCCACCUCCUCCUUUGCCAUUCCUCCACACAAGAAUGGGGUGCUGCGAGACCCACUGAACUGUCUCACUGAAGCUUCAUCUACAACACUGGGGCAGUGAAGAAUGUGUGUGCGUAUGUGUGGGCUUAUGUUCUUUGAAUAAGUCAACACGCCUUUGCAAAGUGGUCCACCCUACAUCCCCACCCUACUCAUGCAGUAAAUGUAUAUACAUAGUAGUGUUUCUAAAUCUAGAAUCAGUCUUAGUCUGAAGGUUUAUAUCUGAUUUUAUUAUUAUACUGUUGUCUGACAAAACAAAGACCUCAACCAUUACUCUCAUGCUUAUGAGCGCACACACACACACACACACACACACACACACACACACACACACACACACACACAGACACACACAUCAUUUUUUUCCCCCCCACAUUAGUGGAAUUAGGUGCCAUGCAGAAGAGGAAGCCUUCACUCUGUACUGUUGAUAUGAUCUCAUUAAGGUUUUAAACACGUUAUUAGAAUUAAUCCAAGAUCCACUGGCAGAGAGAAAGAGAUGCUUUUAAACAUCAGCUUCUAUCAUCAUUUUCUCUAAAAGGAAAUACUUUUCAGUUACUUGGCAGGUGUUAAAAAAAAUGUGAAAUGAUCACGGCUAAUUGUGGUGAGUUGUAGCGUUUUGGUUUUCACAGAGCACUUCUUAUAACGGUUUAAGUAAAUGAUUUUUUAAUAAUUUGGCAAGUUCGACUUUGACGGGCUCACUGCCUUUAUAAGCUUCAUUAAGGUGUAAGGCCAUGCAAACCUGAAUACUCAUCUAAAUACGUUUACAGCAAUGAGGUGAUGAAAUGAGUGGAAAUUCAAAUCUGUAGCUUAUUAAAAAAAAUGCCCAUGUUUAAAAUUAUAUACGACUCAUAAAUGUAAAGCUGGCAAAAAAAUGACUCAACUGGCUUGCACUGAAUAUAUCUAAUAAAGUAGGAUGAGAAUUAACGACAGUAUUUUUUGGAGAGGUCACAUGGAAAUGAUAUGCUUGUUACCAGUGCAUGGGAUUUAAAAACCUACACUCUUCCUUGCUUUAAAAUGGAGGAACGAGCACAGUGUUUGCAUUUAGUACCGCUGGAAGUUGGUUAGAGGAGUAAUCAGAUUUGUAUAGCCUAUAGGUGAGUUGCUCUUGAUGGUUUCAUUGUUAACAGGAGGUAACAUGGAGACAUCUGUAAAUUUGUAUCAACUUGUAUCGCUUUAAUGAUGUACUAUUCUUUUGUAUUUAAUUUAUAUGUAAAUAUCCAUUCCUUAAACAAGGGAAUUGCAUUAAUAGACUGUGAACUACUUUUGCGUUUUGAAAUAAAUUUGUUUUAAAGCGA